AUGGCUUCUUAUCAUUCCGGCCGGCCGUAUUUGUUGGUGGCGGUGUUGGCGAUGGCGGUGGCCACCGUGGUUGUGGCUCAACAGAGGUCUCCGAGGCAGUACGCGGUUGGGGGCCAGGCUGGCUGGACUGUCAAUUUCAACUAUCUGCGUUGGGCCAGUGGCAAGGACUUCCGCGUUGGAGAUUCACUUGUUUUCAACUAUCCAAAGGGCGCCCACAACGUGAUGAAGGCAAACCGGACGGAGUUCAAGACGUGCACCGUCCCACAAGGCCGGGACGACCUUCUCACUUCUGGAAACGAUACCGUUGUGCUGGAGAGCCCAGGGAACAAGUACUACUUCUGCGGCGUGGCGAGUCACUGCGCGGAGCUUGGACAAAAGCUGGCCAUAACUGUGAGACCCCAAUCGACCAUGGCACCCGUCGGCGCUCCUUCUCCGAGUCAGGCCGCGGCCCAGGGUCGACCAAGUUUUGCUUUUGGCUUUUUCUGGUGAUGUUGUGGUAGUUAAUUAAAGCAUCUGGACUUAUCGGCAUUUUAUGUAAUGGAGUAGUGACAAAGAAUAAGACUAGUAUAACUCUCUCACCCUCUACAAUAGGUGGAGACACUUUAUUUACGUG